CCACAAUAUUUUGAAACCCACACAGAGAGAGGGGAAAUUUCAUCUUCUUUUAAUAAAGAGCAAAAGGGAUCCCCGCCCCCCUCCCCAGUCUCACUCUAUUUCUCUCAUUGAUCCCAGCAGACAAUGAUUUAACAACCAUUUGAUUUUUUCUCCAUUGAUAAAAGGGGGCAGAAUAGAUUAAUAAGUAACAACAUUCAUGAUACACAAUUGAGCAAUAAAUUGAUUUUAUGUAAGUCACUCCCUAAAUUACCUGUGCCAGAGGGAGCUUCUGGCUUGAGUUGUGCCCCACUAGAAGCAGGGAGAAUGGGGAUUGGACAGUUGGGACAUGGAUAGAAGAGAACUCAUUUCAUCACUUCCUUUUCAUUCCAACUUCACUUCUGCUAUUUCAAGAAGAUUGUGCCAUCAUCAGCACUUCUGAAGACUCGAGUUUGAAUCUGUUCUAAGAAGUUGUUUACUCUUUUUUCCUUCUCGACCUUAUUCAGCCCAUAAAGGGAGGGUCUCAGUGUGAGAAUCAGGAUAGUCAGGACAGGCAUCCCGAGAGCUCUGGGGCUCCGUGUGUCUUCCCGUCUCCAAGCACCAUGGUCUCCUUGACUGUGCUCACCAUCUUUUUCAUUUCCCUAUCUAGCAUCUGUUUGGGAACUCCAUAUGAUGAAAACACUGUCUGCUGCUUUUCCUAUAUUGGAAGGAUUCCCAGAACGGUUCUGAUUAACUAUAAGUAUACCAGCCAGUCAUGUCCUACACCAGGAGUCAUCUUCUUCACCAGGAGGGGCCAUCACCAGAUCUGUGCCAACCCCGAAGAACAGUGGGUCCAGAAUAUGGUGUCUUCCCUACCUCUGAAGAAAGAGUCUGAGGAAUAUGAACACUUGGAAAUUUAUCCAUAGGAGAAUAGAAUAAAACUGUAUUGGAUUUAUUAAGGCAUCGGCUUUGAAAAUAAAUAUUUCUUGAUAA